AUGUUCUUCCGAAGAACACACCAAUAUCGGCCGACUCAAAAUGCGUUUUCUACCACUGGCCGUGAGACAGUUCGGGGAUCUGACGCACGAAAUUCCUUUCCCCGAUUCGUUACCUUCUUGAAGCAAAUUCCAUCAGUCCUUCUAUCUUUACCACUUGCUGCAAUAAGUUGCGCCAGGAAAAGCUCCCCCCCAACCUUCAAGUCAUGUAUCUCCGCAACUGCGUCUUUAAUUUGCUGGCCCUUCCUCCGCAUCGAACUGCUUUCCGCCAUCCGCCACAACCGCUCCUUGCGAGCCGAAGCUCCCAAAGAAAUCGUGAGGCACGACCGAUGGAAAAGUAUUGGCGUUUGUCUCAUUCAUUUGAUACCAAGCACCAUUACCUCUGUCCUACUCUUCUUGAACUUCUCCAACGUCUAUUACGAGGCCGUGGGAGCUUCAAAUCAAAGUGCACGACUCAAUGCUCUCCAAUUUGCCGCGAAAAUGCAUGAGAUACUCAUUGCUUCAUCUCUAUCUGCGAUCGUUCUCAAACACGUUCAAUACGAGCUUUUACAAGGUGGAGGAGUUACACUUGGUAGUCUGCUUGCGGGAUUCCAAGUUACGGAUGUCAGCUCGCUCUGGAGCCCUGGUCUUUGGGCUACAGUUUAUGCUAGUAGCUUGAAAACCCGUCGCUUCAGGCUGGUUAUUCUAGUUAUUGUCAUGGUUCUCUUGGGAGCCGUUGUUGGCCCCGCCUCGGCUAUCUUAAUGUUGCCUUCUGUGGACUGGUGGAGCUAUCAGCCGACAGAGAACUGUUGUGUAUCGAACAUCAACAAUCCUCGAUACUUUAUUGCAACUACCCCG